AUGGGAAGAAGAAAGAUUGCCAUCGAGCCAAUCACUGAUGAGAGAAACCGAACAGUAACUUUUGUCAAGCGCAAAGCUGGGUUGUUCAAGAAGGCCUACGAGCUUGCAAUCCUAUGUCAGGUUGACGUUGCCCUCGUGAUCGUGAACAACAACAAUCGCGUGUACGAGUUCUGUUCCGCCGACGCUCUCAAGAUCUUUGACAUCUAUAAGAGCCACCCGAAACACUACGAAACCAAGACCCCGAAGGACUACGGAAACCAUGUGAAAAAAUCUCGGAUAAAGAUCGAC